GAAAUUAGUCAGGACUCCAGGCAAGCUCGAGAGCAGGUGAGGUCAGACAUUUGAAGUCUAGAUAACAGACUCCAUUCAGAAUCAAUUCAAGUUCAAACCCUCUGUGAACCCUUCGCUAGACACCUGGUAGUGACUCACCUCUGGGUCCAGAAUCCAAGAUCCAAGAGGAAGUAUUUUUGUGUAUUUCGUCCAUAUUGCAACCCCAGCAACUAAAACAGAGUAGGUGCUUAAGAAACACUUGUUGCCUGAAGAAGUGAAUAAAUGCGCAGGUUUACACAAUUAGGAAACUGCAAAACCAGGAUUUGACCACGUCACUCUGAAUUUUAAACCCAGAGAUGUUUCUACCAAUACCAUCCAUAAUGACCCACCAAAUAGGAGACCCCAUUAUUGGCAAGGCAGGGCUGUGACAUAUUUGGCUCCAGCAGGUGGCAUGGUGCCUGAAAUGGAAGUGAGGACAUUGACUGGGUGAAAUGGACGCCUCAGUAAUAUUACCCAUUCUGAAGAAAAAACUGGCCUUCCUUUCAGGAGGAAAAGACAGACGAAGUGGCCUCAUUCUGACAAUUCCAUUAUGCCUCGAACAAACAAAUAUGGAUGAAUUGAGUGUCACUUUGGACUACCUGCUCAGCAUUCCAAGUGAAAAGUGUAAAGCUAGAGGAUUUACUGUGAUUGUGGAUGGCAGAAAAUCACAGUGGAAUGUGGUGAAAACAGUAGUCUUAAUGUUACAGAAUGUUGUUCCAGCUGAAGUGUCCCUUGUUUGUGUAGUAAAGCCAGAUGAGUUCUGGGAUAAGAAAGUAACACAUUUUUGUUUUUGGAAAGAAAAGGAUAGACUUGGCUUUGAGGUCAUUUUAGUGUCUGCCAAUAAACUGACUCGUUACAUUGAGCCAUGCCAGUUAACAGAAGAUUUUGGUGGGAGUCUCACCUAUGAUCACAUGGACUGGUUAAAUAAGAGGCUGGUUUUUGAGAAGUUUACAAAGGAGUCUACUUCAUUAUUAGAUGAACUUGCUUUGAUUAACAAUGGAAGUGAUAAAGGAAAUCAGCAAGAGAAAGAAAGGUCUGUGGAUUUAAACUUUCUUCCAUCGGUUGACCCCGAAACAGUUCUUCAGACAGGACAUGAAUUGUUAUCCGAAUUACAGCAGCGUCGAUUUAAUGGCUCUGAUGGAGGUGUCUCAUGGUCUCCUAUGGAUGAUGAACUGCUUGCACAGCCACAGGUUAUGAAAUUAUUAGAUUCACUCCGAGAGCAGUAUACUCGCUACCAGGAAGUUUGUAGGCAGCGUAGUAAGCGCACACAAUUAGAAGAAAUUCAACAGAAGGUGAUGCAGGUUGUGAAUUGGCUUGAAGGGCCCGGAUCUGAACAGCUGAGGGCCCAGUGGGGGAUCGGUGACUCUAUCAGGGCUUCCCAGGCCCUGCAGCAGAAGCAUGAAGAGAUCGAGAGCCAGCACAGUGAAUGGUUUGCCGUCUAUGUGGAGCUUAAUCAGCAGAUUGCAGCACUGUUGAAUGCUGGAGAUGAGGAAGAUCUUGUGGAGUUGAAGUCACUGCAGCAACAGCUUAGUGAUGUUUGUUAUCGACAGGCCAGUCAGCUGGAAUUUAGGCAGAAUCUCUUACAAGCAGCUCUAGAAUUUCAUGGUGUUGCCCAAGAUUUGUCUCAGCAGUUGGAUGGCUUAUUAGGGAUGUUGUGCGUAGAUGUAGCACCAGCUGAUGGAGCAUCGAUUCAGCAAACUUUAAAACUGCUUGAAGAGAAGCUGAAAAGUGUUGAUGUAGGACUGCAAGGUUUGCGUGAAAAAGGUCAAGGUCUCCUGGAUCAGAUCUCCAAUCAGGCAUCCUGGGCCUAUGGAAAGGAUGUAACCAUUGAAAAUAAGGAAAAUGUGGAUCACAUACAAGGAGUGAUGGAAGAUAUGCAACUUAGGAAACAAAGAUGUGAAGACAUGGUAGAUGUGCGAAGGUUAAAGAUGCUUCAGAUGGUGCAGCUAUUUAAAUGUGAAGAGGACGCUGCCCAGGCUGUAGAAUGGCUAAGUGAACUUCUGGAUGCUCUCCUUAAGACCCACACCAGACUGGGAGAUGAUGCCCAGGAAACGAAAGUUUUACUGGAAAAGCAUCGAAAAUUUGUCGAUGUUGCACAGAGUACUUAUGACUAUGGUAGACAGUUGCUGCAGGCCACAGUUGUGUUGUGCCAGUCUUUGCGCUGCACCUCCAGGUCCUCUGGGGAUACGCUUCCUCGCCUAAACAGAGUGUGGAAACAGUUUACAAUAGCAUCUGAAGAAAGGGUGCAUAGGUUGGAAAUGGCUGUUGCAUUUCACUCAAAUGCCGAAAAGAUUUUGCAAGACUGUCCAGAAGAGCCUGAAGCUAUUAACGAUGAGGAGCAAUUUGAUGAAAUUGAAGCAGUUGGGAAAUCCCUUUUGGAUAGGUUAACUGUUCCUGUAGUUUAUCCGGAUGGAACCGAACAAUAUUUUGGGAGUCCAAGUGACAUGGCUUCUACUGCAGAGCACAUCAGAGACAGGAUGAAACUAGUUAGUCUCAAAAGGCAGCAGCUGAGACAUCCUGAAAUGGUGCCCACAGAGAGCUAAUAGCUACCAGCUUCCCACAGACCUGCAGCUCAUCCUCCUGCACGUCGUCGGCCCACUGCAGCAUUCGCCACAGUACAGUAGGAUGCAUCUCACAGCAGGAUAAGCCUCAUUUCUUCCCACACCACACUUCUCUCUAUGUGCUAACACCUCACAGCUACCAAGGCAUAAUUAUUUAACAUGCUUUGAGACCACAAACUCCAGGUAUCUUAAAAGAAGGAACUGUAAACAUUGCACUGAAAACUUGCUUUCAAGCUUUACCUGACCUGUCAGUUUGUAGAUGAACAACUGAUAAUAAGCUUUGAAUGGUGCUAAUAAGAGUUUAGAAAUUCUCUCUUUUAGAAAAAAUGGCUGCCCUUCCUUCCCCGGUGAUGUAGUAAAUUUAGUUAUAACUAAACUGUUACUAGUAGACAGUGGCAUUCUCAAAAUUUUAAUUUGUAAUUCUUCAGAAUUGAUUAUUUUUAUUGUGUUAAUAUUGAGAAAAUCCUUCAGAUCUUUGAUAUAUUACAUUCAUUAAAAGACAUUUUCCUAUUUGUAUUGAUAAUGUAUUAAAACUUGUUUGUGCUUAAUAAAAAUCUUCUUUAAACAUCUUAAUUUGGUAGUUAUAUCCUAUCUUCAAACAUGAGUGCCUUAUUAAAAAGGGCAUUCUUAAGAUUGUGGGGAUGAUUUAAUAAUCAUUUUUUCAUGGUGGUUGCAUGUGUCUUAGCCAGGAAAUUCAUAUGUAAGCAUGUAUAUAUAAUAAGCAUGUUUUAUCAUGAAAAGUAAUUGUGAAAAACAACUUAGAUUUUUAAGGACAUCUUAAUAACAACACUGUUUCUAAUUUUGCUCUCCUCCAGCUUCAAAAAUACUGUCCAAAUUAUUAACUACCCUGAAGAUAUUGUAUCUUUAGGGGAGGAGGGUUAAGGAAGAAGGCAUUCACAAUUUACUUCAGUGUAAUUAAUCUUUUAUAUCAGAAUAAUAUUUCUGGAACUAAAACAGCAAUUGUUAAUACAAUUAAUUUCUCAUGACAGACUAGAGGCAAAAUCAAUUCUGAAAUCUAAUCACAGCAUUGUAUAACUCCUUUAGAAAUAAAAUUUAUCAUAAAAUGCUAGUCCUUUUGUUUGUAGUUUCAAUUGUAAAAUGCAUAAAAUUUAAUUUUUAUGUUAAUUUUUAUUUUAGAUUAUGUUAAAGAUUUAAAAAAAUUUCAGGCUUUCAGUUAGUAUAAAACUAGGCCAAGAAUUGCAUCCUGGUUCCUUUGUAUGGUCUACAGACUAGCUCAUGUAACCUCUGAUGCAAAAGCCUCCCUGAGUCUGCUGGCUUCUCUGGCCUCUUCACUGCCAGACUUCUUGGAGAAGUCCCCAUCUGUUGUCCCCACAUCGUCAGCACCCCUACUCAGCACCUGGCAGACCGGUUUUGCACAGCACUGUAACAGCACUAUUCUUUGGAAAGUCAGCAGUGGUCUUCCAGUUCGCAAAUUCAGUGUUUUUCCUUAGGCUGCGUUCCUUACUCUUCAGUCUUUUUUGUAACAUUUGAACUUUGAGCAACCUUGCCUAGACAUUGUCUUCUCCCUCAGAGAUGCUAUCCUGUGUCUAUAACUGUGAGUAUAGGUUUGUCUUAGUUAAAAGAUGUCUUCUAAACAUGUACUUUCUCAGAGUCUGCCCUCAAAGUUCUGUGGCUCUUUCUAAGUAUCUCAUCCUUAGGCCUUCUCUUUCAUCCCAGUGUCCUCCGUUACAGUGUGGUUCAAAGUGCCAGACAACACUUUCAACUGCCUACUUUACAUUUAUUUCAUCCUACAGGGGGAUUUGUCAUACAUGCCACCUUUCUUCUCUUCGAAUAAUUUUGUUUAAUGGUGCAACCUUUUUUCCUAGUCAAACAUGCCAGGAUCUGGGGCAAAAUUAAGCUGUUCCCUCUUAUGCUGCCACUGCUUCCAAGAGCAUCCAGGAAGUUCUUUCUAUACUUGAUAAUACUCUUGGCCUUUUAGGACUUUAUUCCUAUGAGUAGGAACUUUUGUGCUGCUUCUUUUCAGUCUUCAUGAUGGUGCUAACCAUGUUCUACAGUGCUUAUGUCUCCUCCUGCUAUACUCCAAGCUCUUUUGAGGGAAUGGUAUUAUCCUACUUGUUCUAGUUUCAGGCUUCUGCUCAUAGGCACUCAGUUCUUCUACCCUGGAUUCUAUUGUAAGUACUUGGAAUACUUGUAUUUUGGAACUCUUGUAUUACAGUCUGAAGUGUGUUUUAGACAUAUCUAUUUCCUAAAAUUAGGACUGAUUUAUGAAUGAAUCUCCAUAUAAGAAAGUCACUUGGCAUUUUACUUGCAUAGGUAGUUACUUAGAUAUUUAGUUAUUAUAUUCUAUGUAUAUUUCUUCUACUGAAUGUCAGAGUCAUUAGAAUGUUUUUAUUAUGACUUUGCUAAAAGAGGGACAUCUUACCAUCAACUCAUGGACUUGUAAUUGCUAAAUAAAUAAAUUUUUAUGUAUCUUAAGUGCUUCUGUCCACAAAAAGAGUAGUAUAAGGCAUCAUCUGGAAGUAUUACUUGUAAUUUCAGUAUUUUACAUGAAAAUAGAUAUGCUUUUAGAAAAAUAACAUUGUUCUUCAUAUUGAAAUUUUGCUGCAACUUUCUGUAAGCAUAUCUGUAUAUACAGGUAGAGUUAUAAAUGAAAACCCAGCAGUGCCCUAUGAUUGGAUUAAUUUUUUUUGUUUGGUUUGAGAGACCCCCUUUUUUUUGGCCUUUUUACUGCAUAUUUGCUUCUGUGUAAACUCAGUAUAUAAUGCAGUUUGACAUCUGUUCUUCAUACGUGUCUAACUCAGUGAAGUUAGGAUGUACAGAUGAUAACUUCAUUUUGGCUUUAUUUCUAGUCCUCAUUGUUGGUGACCUUACUCUGCUAGGGUGAUUCACUGGAAAUAUUGAUGAAAUAAAUGGCUAAGCCUGCCAGCUGGGAAAUUGAUGACACAUCUAGGUUUCUUUGCUAGAUAGAAAAUUGGAUACUUCUUUUACUUUAUAGGGAGUUACGUUGGCUACUGAGCUUCUAAAUGUUACCUAGUCUUAAUGUGUUUGUUGCUUCAUUGCCUUAUCAGCUGCAGUAUGCUGUUUAGUUUAUUGUUACUAGUGUCAUACUCCUUAAUAUGAACAUAACAAGUUACUUUUCUGAUAGUGCUAAGCAAACUGUGUUCUCUGAUCUAAACCCUUUGUAGCCAAAGAUAUGAUUGUGAGGUUGGGUGAAAAUGUGCAGUGUACAUUUGAAAAAACAAUUCAAGAGCUCUCUACUUCACUCUAAAUUACUUGCCAGUCCUUACAUACUUCUCCUGUCCUCAUAUCGUACCUAAAGUACACAGGGCUAUAGUAAAAUACCAUGGCUACUAAAAACAAAAUAUACUAUGACUGCUAAAGUCUCCUAUAUCACAUGUUGAACCCAUAGAGAUAAUACAAGCAGAGAAGUACAGAUUUAACAUUUGGCUUCACUACGUGCUUCAAGAAAGUCUAGGUUUUCCUAAGAAGUAUAACUAGUGGCAAAAAUUGUAGUGGAAUGGUCAUAAAAACUAAAAUAACUGUAAUGAAUAUAGUAGUUUGGAAUUUGAAUACAGUACUUGACUUCAAAAUAUGUUUUUACCGAUUACUGGGACUCUAGAUACAAAAAAAAGAUCAAUGAAUUCCCCUGAGACAUAAAAUAGUGAACUCACCAAGCAAUUAAAAUAAUUAAAUCAUUUAUUAAAAAAGUAUACAAAAUGGACAGUAUCAUUGCUAUAAUUAUCUUUUUAGAGUAAAAAUACCAGGUCUUCUUUGAUCUUGCUGUUUCUCAGAAGAAUGGAAUGGUGGGGAAAUGGCAAACUGUGAAUGUUGACCACUGCUUUAGCCUGAUCCUUCACUCACCCCCAUUUCACUAGUAUAAAGCAAAACGUACAUUCACAGUUAUAUAUCUGAACUCCUAUAAGCAGAGUUGGUGAGUUUAUCAGUAGUACAUAAUAAGGCUUUGAAAAUGACAAAUUUGCUGUUUUAUUGGAAGAUGAUAGACCAGUAAUACGAAGACUGAUGGAUAUGGUCUGUUUUGAGAGUGUCAGAGUAUGACACAACUCUCAAUUUAAAACACACAUAAAAGAAAAUCAUAGUUGGAGGGUGUAUUAAUAAGCCACCACUAACAUGUAGAAACAAGAAAAAUCUAAGGCUGUUAGGAUAUUUAGAAAGUAAUCCAGUAACGAGGUGAAAAAUUUUGCAGUCCACCAUUUGUGCUGGGUAUGGUUAGAGAAGAGACAGCUUGACAAACUCAGGCAGGGAUGAUGAACAGAAAAACCUAGUCCCAUGUUAGACUCAGAACUGAGGAUAUUCCACAGUUAGCAUGAAUACAGGGGAGGCCUUUAGACUGAAAAAGGUCUGUGGAUAAAAUGCUGAAUAUGAGUCACCAAUACAGCAGUAGGUUAAAGCAACUUGAAAGCUUGAAAGUAAACACUAGUCCUUCUACUUCAAGAAAAAGCAGAACCUGUACUAGGACAUAAAGAACUUGGACAUGAAAAGGAAGCCAGGCCUGUAGCUAAAUAUAUUGAAAGCCAGUGAGUUUUUCAAGAAUCAGGAUUAUUUUUGUGAGCUCUUUAUGAGGCAAUAUGCAACAUGUAAUUCCUAUAUGUCAUGAUAUAGGCAUUCUUACCAUGCAACUAAAAAUAACCACUAACUGCCAGUGAUUGAGAGGUGGUGUGAGAGGUCUUAGUCAGGUGUGUGGAUAACUAUUUCUGACAAAAGGGCUUCUGAACUUUGAAGUAGCUUCCUACUAAACUUCAAGGGGGCUUCUCAGAAGUAUUUACAAGUCGAAUGCCACAUCUGCAGGUGUCCAAAUGCAGCUCUUUUUAGAAACAGGAUGAUUGAGCUGCCUCCCCACUGAGAAUACCAUAUGUGAUCAAGCCUCAUGUCUUUUAUGGUUACCAUUCUUUUUUAGUCUAGAAGUUAAGGUGAGAUCACUUCCUAUACUUAACUUUUCUUUAAUGUUUCUUUGUCUGAAGUCUGGUGUUCCACAUGACCAACGAAUUUGCUCAGAUUAUGCAAUCGGAAUAGGUGGGGCUUCUUCCUCAGAUGUAAGAGGAUCAGGAGAGCACUUUGGCAGUCUUGAACCAGGGUGGAUUUGAGGUGAUUGCUUACUUUAUGUAAUUUAGACCUAUGGCAUGUGUGCCAACGUGGGCUGUAAAAGCUCUAAAAAGCUCUAAAAGAUUCACCAUCACUGCUCUAGGCGAUCCUUUCACAAGCUCUGUAGAGAAACUUAAGUUUCUAAAUCGACACUUGGAAGAAUUUGAUAAUUACACUUGGAACAAAUGAAGUUCCCAGCAUUUUGGGUAAUGUUCUAUUAUGGGAAUUGGGAAUGCCUGUUUCCCAAUGUUUCAUUAUAAAUUUUUUCAAACAUAUAAAAAGUUAAAAUAAUUUUGUAAUAUACUACCUAGAAUCUAGUUAUUACACAUCCAUCAGUUUGUCAAUCCAGAUUUUUUUAAUUCAUUUAAAUUGCAGGCGUUUAUACUUCCUACUAAGUACUUCAUCACAUGUAUCAUUAACUAGAGUUUAAUAUUUGCUUGCGGGGCCGGGGAUUUAGCUCAGCGGUUCGGUGGCCUGCCUUGCCAAGCGCAAAGACCCCAGUUCAAUCCCCGGUACCAAAAAAAAUAUUUAUAUAUAUAUAUAUAUAUUUGCUUGCUUCCACUUUUCUUUUGAUGUAAAAUUACCAUACAGUGAAAUACAUAAGACUUUGUGUUGCAGUGACUCUUUUGGCAGAUGCAUUCAAUGCUGCCAAGAUAGAAAACAGCACCCUAGAGAGUUCUCAUGUGGCCCUUUCCAGUCUUUAUCUUCUCCUGCUUAACCUCCAAGGGUAACCACUGUUCUUAGCUCUACCAUAAGUUAGGGUUUCUGUUCUUCAGCAUACUGUAAAUAAAAUCACAUCAUAUACUCUUCUGUAAUGCCUCUUUGCCAUCAUGAUUGGGAGAUUUAGCCACGUAGCCGGAUGUAUAUUAUUAGUUCAUUCCUACUUAUGACUGACUAGUGUUGUAUUCAUUGUAUAUUGUAGUUUGUUUACUCAGUUUCCUAUUGGCUACCUGGACUGUUUCCAGGAUUGGCAAUUAUAAAUAAAGCUGCUGUGAUCAUUCUUACAUAGAUCUCUAUGAACAUAGGUGUUUAUUUUCUCUUGGAUAAAUAGGUUUCGAAUUGCUGGAUUGAUUAUAGGAUAGUUUUGAAAGAAAAUGUUUCUUUUUUCAAUGCAGUUGUACCGUGCCCUGAAUUUUAUAUUUUGAAUGUGUCAGGAAGGUGUAAACUAUUUUUUGAUCCAUAUUGAAAUAUUAGGAAAAGUAUGUUUGGGGUAGAAGUGGCAUCAUUCAUGGUUAACAGUAGGUAUAAUUUGAGGGAAGCAAAGACUUGUCUGCCAGAAACAUCUUCUCAGAAGUUUUCUAUGCUUGAAAUUUUAGCUUUAGUUUUUCUCCUUAAGAUUAAGCCCCGAGGAUGGUGAUAUAUUAGCUAGAAGAAGCAGCACUGGUUUGUUCAUAUUACUAACUUUUGCCACCUGUUUUCAGUAAGUAAAAUAAGACUCUCAUCAUUGAAUAAAAAAUACUAUUUGUUCAUGGAGUUGGGGGAUAAUUUUAAAACAUGUACCACUCCCAGGUACAGCAGUGUGACAGCCAUCUGUACAGGUAUGUCCCCCAAAUGGCUGUCAGCAAAGCAGAAAACAGGGUGGGAAGAAUUCUACCUCACAGUUUUGCAUAGGGGAUAGCUAUGCUUUUGCAGGACAUUUAAGCCUUUAAAAAUAAUAUUUCCAAUGUUGUUCUUUUCUUCAGUACAGUACUG